AUGCCAAUAUUUCUCCAGAAAUCGUUAAAGUAUCCCUUAAACCCUAUUAAGGACAACAAUGACAUCAUAACGACGACGACAGCGACAGCGACAGCAUUUAGCCCUGAAGUGCUUCAGGCUCGUGAUGUAUCACAACAACGUCGUAUGGACCUCGGUACCUGUUAUGGAUAUUCACCACCUGGCGACCGAGCACCCGACCACUGGUGUAAAGAGGGCCCGAAGAAGGGGCAGUGUGCCUGCUUCAACAUGGAGAGCCUCAUAUUACGUAUUGGAUAUAGAGAGGAGGGGGAAAAGCACCCUCAAUACGAUGCUCCCAUUGGAGAUUUAUGUGAAAAUAGAAUUACCAGCCGUUGUACUACAACACCACCAACAACAUCUACAAAAUCAACUGGAGGAGGACCGACGACUAGUGCUUCGUCGCCAGCUACACCCACCACGACACCCGAACCCGCUGUACUAACGUCUUCACAAACGACCUCGCGGUUAUUGUCACAAGCAAUCACCGUUGUCCCACCACCAAACGAGGGACCAACCUACAUUGACCAUUGGUACAUUUGGCCUCCCCUUGUGGUUGCGAUGACUGCGUUGGCAUCAUGCCUCUUGGUGGCGCUACAUCGACGGAGAUGCAACGUCACCAGGACGACUUUGACGAGAGUGACGACAACAAGACAAAAUGAUGUUGAAAUGGAUGAAGAUCGUUAUCUAGCUGUGAGCCGACUCACGAAGAAAGUCAGUACAACCCAUGAUAAUGAUAAUGCCCAGUCAGACAAGAGUGUGGCGGUAUACCAGGAACUCGAGACCACCGAUCCCGGGGGAUACGCCGAACUUCGGCCGUACCAAGAACUGAAAAUCAGCAGUGGAAGAUCUGCUGAACCUCUGCAGUACGAAGAACCGACGAUCAGUAGUGGAUCUGCCGACAUUUUGCUGUACGAAGAACCGAAGAUCAGUAGUGGAGGAUCUGCCGACAUUCUGCAGUACGAAGAACCGAAGAUCAGUAGUGGAUCUGUCGACGUUCUGCAGUACGAAGAACCGAAGAUAAGUCGUAGAGGAUCUGCCGACAUUCUGCAGUACGAGGAACCGAAGAUGCGCGACAGAGGGUCUGACGACAUUCUGCAGUUGGAGCAUCCGAUUUGGGAACCCAUCCGAAGCUAUGACCACGCUGAACCAUAUGCACAGAUGGAGUGCUCUGGGUUGACCCCCAAAAAGAAUGUCAACCUAAAGAUGAUGGGGGAAAGCAACGGGCAACCUAGCCUGAACAUCUGACGUUACACUUCGAAGCUCGUGACUUACGCUAGACACCAGCCUUGAUCUGUACAAGUGUAUCUUUGACCUCUCAGCGGAGGUUUACAGUCAAAUCAUAAUUACAUGCUAUAUGCAACAAACAAUCGAACAUCAUUAUACAACCAUUAUGCACACCGCAUGCUGACGACCAAAAGUGCAGCUGACAAACACCACCUCGAACCAAUGAAAACAAAUGGAAAGCUUACGUCACUGGACGUUUAUCCAAUGAAAUCAUUGUAUCAAAUUAAAUCAUUUGACCCGUAACAUCCGUGCCCGUAUUUAUCCUAAAGACAGGGGACCAGUCUGAGACAGCGCUUGUAUUGAGAGUCAAUGGUCUUCGGGACCUGGGGUGCCCAACGAAUUAUGAACGAGAUUGUAAUAAUGUAUAUUUGGUUUGCGGUAACACCAUAUGUGUAUCUACUUGCCAGGUAGGGUUGUUCUUAGAGAACUGUCUUGCUUUAUUCUACUUCCGCGGAGUAGAUAAUCGGAGGUUCGGGAGACUUCGGAGGUUCGAGAGAUUGUAAUAAUGAGUGUAGACUAGGAACAAAUAUGAGCUCAUGUAAGUUUAUAAUUGCGGUAAUUAGCUCCAAAUGCAGCAAGCAGGUAUUACAUGUAUUUGUGGCUCAUUGGAAACUAUGCGACUAAUCGCUUGUACAAUAUUUCACAUAAUUUGAUUGGUGACUGGUUUUAGGUACAAUGUUUGAUGCAUAUCUCAACACAAAUUUACUCAAAACAAAUAUUAUUUGAAAAUAAAUGU